UGAAUGGCAUGCUGGGGCUGGUUAAAGCCGAGGCUAUGGGGCAUGUGAAUCACCUGAAGCUGCUGAAAAGCUUCCCCGUAUUCCCCACUAAUUUCCCGCUAAUCGUUAACUAAUGUGACGCUAAAACCAGGGUAUGCUUUAUUUAAUCGACCAAUCUUUAGCGGUCUAAAUUUCAUCUCCAGCUCCGUUAUAGUAAAUCCCUUUUGUCAACUUUCCUUUGCGCCAAAAUCAAACCGAUAUGAAACUUCCCAACCAUGUAAAAAUAUCAUCCAAAAAUGGCACCGAACAAUACCAACGAUACCAACCAAUCCCUAACCCACGAAAUUCUCUCGCGCGCCCACAGCCCCGACAGCACAAAUCGUAUCUUCACCGAGAAGAUCCAACACCGGCCCCUCUUCCUGAAGCCGACGUCUCCCCCACCAUCCUCCAAUGCGCGCGAUGCCCGUCGGAAAGCUCGUGACGAGAAACAGAGGAAACUCAAACCAAAGCCAUUAUCAGCGCGGCAGCGGCGACGACUCGGUCUCUACGACGUACCUAAGGCGAACCAGAAGUACGAUAUAUACGAGCCGCUAAACCAUCUUUGGUUGGGUUACGUGCGCGAAAUACUAGGCGGCGAACUAUACGGGGGAGGGCAAGGUGCCGCGGCGAAAUUAAGUGCGGCGGAUUUCCACGGCGCUGAGGUAGAAGUCUCUCGUAGUAGCUGCCCUAGUCGCGUGGGAAUCCAAGGCAUCGUGAUUAAGGACGCGAGGUUUGUGUUUGAAAUCAUCACGAGAAAAAACCAGGUUAAGACUGUACCGAAAGAGAAAACCGUUUUUCGAGUUUGCGUUCCGCCUGUAGAGGAAAAGGGCAACGGUGCGCAAGAACGGAAACCAUUCGUCUUUGAGAUAUAUGGAGACCAGUUUCAAUACCGUUCGGCAGAUCGCGCGACGAAGAAGUUCAAACAACACUACCUGAAAGAUCUUUAAGAUCACCCUUCAUCGACGGAUCUUCAUGUAUAAUUUAGAUAUAUUACGCCUUAGGACGCAGUCAUCAUCAAAUUAGCGGACGCCUAUUAUCUGUCUAGGCUCUACAGCGCCACAUAUGGCCUGAACGACUAGCGUCCUGCGGCCUAAAUACCCUAAAAUCCAGGGGCAUUGCGACGUCUGCAUAGCUGGCUGCUACCUGAUACGCUAUAACAGCACAGUUCUUG